UACCCCAUGACUGGAGGAGAUGGCCCCAACAGCUACACUCAUAACUCUUGGUAUCAGAGAGGUGUUAUUGAAGCUGCCAAGGAGAUGAUCAAUGAGGGAAUCUCAGCUAACCUUGACUUGAUCAAAAGCCCUUGUUUCAAUAACAAAUUUCACAUAGCCGAUUUAGGCUGUUCUAUUGGACCCAACACAUUCAUCGCAAUACAAAACAUCAUAGACACUGUACAAAAAAAAUACCAAGAUGAAAAUCAUAACCCUCUAGACCUUGAAUUUCAAGUAUUCUUCAACGAUCAAGUCAAUAACGACUUCAACACUCUCUUCAAGGCUUUACCUCCGUCUCGAUCAUACUUUGCAGCUGGAGUACCGGGUAGUUUUCAUGGUGUUUUAUUUCCAAACUCCAGCCUCCAUUUGGUUCACAGUUCAUAUGCAUUGCAUUGGCUGUCCCAGCUCCCAAAAGAACUUGUUGAUUCCAAAUCUCCAGCAUGGAAUAAAGGCAGUAUAUUUUGCUCCGGGUUGGUGAAAGAGGUAGCGGAGGUAUAUGCUUGUCAGUACAAGAAAGACAUGAAUAGAAUAUUGAAUGCUAGAGCACAAGAACUUGUGCCAGGUGGGUUGAUUAUAAUCUUGGAAUCAAGUCUGCCAGAUGAUGUUCCUAUGUCUCACACUGCCAUGGGUAUGCCUUAUGAUUUCCUCGGAUCCUGCCUCCAUGACAUGGUUAAAAUGGGUUUACUCAGCGAGGAGAAGGUCGACUCCUUCAAUUUGCCAAUGUAUAUUCCACACGUUACCGAAUUGAAGGAGUUGAUAGAGGAAAACGGAUGUUUUAGCAUCGAGAGAAUGAUCGCUUUCGAUCAUCCAGUGAAGUCUGUAUCGUCACCAUCUCUACAAGCUAUCGCUUCUCUAAUAAGAGCUAUUGUGGAAGGAUUCAUCGAGAAACACCUCGGGGAUGAGAUCGAUAUCAAGGAGAUAUUUUCAUAUUACGCUGAAAAAUUUGCGAAAAAUCCUCCAAAUUAUUUCGGCGCAGAGUGCCGCCAGAACUUAGAGUUAUUCCUUCUUCUCAAGCGGAAAAUGAAUUAG